CGCCUCGGCGGCUUCCGUAGGAUGUCGUGGCGUGAAAACGUAGGCUAACAGAUGGAAGCUAAGAUAUCAGAACUGUAACAGGAUUUAUCUUUCACUAUAGACUCGGUUUUUAAAAGAGAACACUCUGUUUUAUGCAUUUAGGUGAGGGAAUUGUAGGAAAAAGGCAGUUGAAGAUUUGACGGUAAAAUGAGGCGUGCAGGUUUGGGUGAAGGCGCUCCACAGGGGAACUAUGUGGCCAGCGGUUACAGCGUUUACGAGGAGGAGAACGAACACUUACAGGAAGGUCUUAGAGCAAAAGUAAACGCACUGAAACAUCUCUCAAUUGACAUCGGAACUGAAGUCAAAUAUCAAAAUAAAAUGCUAACAGACAUGGACUCGGACUUUGACUCAACGGGUGGUUUGCUGGGAGCCACUAUGGGCAGACUGAAGCUGUUGUCCAGAGGAAGCCAGACCAAAAUCUUUUGCUACUUGCUCCUUUUUGCUCUCUUUGUAUUCACUGUUCUUUACUGGGUGAUCAAACUGAGGUGAUGGAAGGAAGGACUAACGAAUCUGACUGCUUUAUUGACGUCCUCUACCCUGUGUCCCAUGCGCCACUGCAUCAGAAAAAUCAAACAAGGCCAGUAAUGCCUUUGAGAUGAUUAACAUAGAGCUUCUGAUGUGUUCGAUAUUUGUCACUCAACAGUUGUGCAAACUCAUGGACAGAAGUUAUCAGAAUUCCUCCCUGUGGCAGGUUAGUGAUAUUAGGAUGUAAUGUUUAUAUUAUCAGUAUUCCUUGUGAAAUCCAAAGUCUUUAAUGCAAUGCCAAUAUGUCUUUCUAGAUAUACAGCUGUUUUCUAGAAUGAAUGAUCCUAUUGUUUUUUCCACAGUUCAGUGCAUGCAUCAUCUAAGAGUGUAAUCAACUGUUUUAUAUAUAAACUGGCCCUUAACAAGAUUGUUAGUUUUAUGUGAAUGCACACAUCCUGGUUGUGCUGCAGGUCAGAGAACAGAAAAACAGUCUAUUUUGUUAAACUAAUUAUUCAUCAAGAUUGUUGACUACACCUGGCAUAAACAACCGAUUGAGCUGACCUCCUGGUCAGCAUGUUCUCUUAGAAUAAUUGUGACAAGACUGUACUGACUGCACAAAAGCUCUUAAUUACUUAGCACAGGACAUUUCACUGUCCAAGGAAAUGUGUAAACAUUAAAGAUGUUUUCUAAGAAGGGGAAAUAAGAGUGAUGUAAAUGAUACGGAGAAAGUUUCCUCUCUAAACAAUUUCCUGUUGAUUUCUAAUAUGUGGUUUAAUUUAAGUAUUUGAGUUCUGAAUAUACAGAAUACACCUUCAGCUUAACAGAAUUAAUAGCUCUGGACUAAGAAUGCUGGGUUUCUCACAACAUUGAGAUUUGUAUGUAAGAGAAUAUAUUGGGCAAUAAAUGUUGAAGAAAGUAAUGUUUUAUAUACA